ACGUUACAUGUAUUUCAAUAAAAUGCAAUCGACAUUCGUUGAAAUUAUUUAUAUCUGAAGUCGCUUUAAAUGCGUUGAAUUUUAUAAUUUACUUUAUUCUUAAAAUCGAUCGCGAAACAUAUCCAUUUUUUAUAUGAUUUAAUGGGAUCGAAAGUAUUUGAAAUUUAUACAAGAUUAACAGGUACGUUGAAAACGUUAGAUAAUUCAUGGAUAAAAAUACCCACGCCGUACGUCAAAUUUUUCGCUCGUUUCAUUGUUCCGUGUAGAGAAUUUUGUUUUAGGUCAACAGCCAGUAAUCUGCCAUUUUUCUUCGUGAUGUUCGUUGACUUUCAUUUCGUAGAUUACCAUUUGCCUUUCAAUAUGUAUAUAUAAGUUUGGUCAUUUCUCGUGCGCAAGUAAUUUCGAUUUGUUUCCGUGAGAAAAGAAACGUUAGACGAGAAAAACGAUAACAUGUACAUUUGUUGACUCGAGAAAGGAGUGGAGCAAUUUUGGAAAAUCCUGGAUUAACAUCGAGUUCUUUCAUUUAACCGCAAGUUCAUUCGUUAAGAGUUUAAACCCUUUCCUUUCUCUGUUCUCCUGUACUGUACCUAUUUAAGCUCGAUAUGAUUUUAUCUUAUUACCUGUCGUCCCCGUGAAGACAUUCCCUUACUUUGUCACUCUUUUCGUCAUCGAUUAUAUUAUUGCAUCGUUUAUCGAACACAAAUGGUUUACUCAAGAGGAACAAAGAGGCAUCUGAAUAUCAGGUAAAACGAAACUUCUUCGUCGUUGUAUAUGCAUAAAAUAGAUCAAAGGGAAAUGUGCUUAGGUUAACGACGUGUCAAAUAACAGCUGACAUAGUAGCCAAGUUCAUUUCGUUUGGAUAAAAUAUCGUUAGCUAUACGUAUCGUUUUUUAACAACAUUUCUCUUCAAUUUUAUUUUAUUUUAAUACAAAAUGAUUUAAUACAAAAGUGUCAAUGCUUCGCGCAUCGAUUCGAAAUUAUGAAUCUUAGGCGCGUGUAAUAAAUAGAAUAAAUUAUUUCCUUAAACAGAGGUUGAAAAGUAAGAAGACAACGAGAGGAUAGUAUUCAAGCCGGGGUUAGGUGGAUCAUGCACCCUACAGCCGCACGAGCUAGUCGGUCGUCCAUACAAUCUUCGAUUCCGUCCGCAUCAACCCCGUCGUCCCUCGUACAUCCGCAGCAACAACAAAUUCUUUAUGGUCCUAUAACUAAUCCGACGUUAACUCUUCAAGCAUGCGGAAGUGGUCUGCAUCCCUCGUGUAUUUAUCCAGGAGCGCAACGUAAUGCUAGUCUCGCUAAUCCUACUCCUUUGCAUAUACAAGGUGUAACUACGUUUCCCUUUAAAAUUUGGUUCAUUUUAAAUACUUAAAAAAAAGAUAGUUUUAAAAAAUAUUACGAUAAUUAGUUCAUCUUUAAACGAGUAAAAGAUGUAACCGUCAUUUGCACCAGAUCAACGAUUACAUACUUCCACCGACUGCAACCUUUUUAUCGACAACCACAGAAUUCGUUUUAUCACUGUUCGAGUUAAUAGGAUCUUGCUUUUAUCGAUUAUAUUUCCUUUUUUUCUUUUUUUUUCUUGAAUUUCAAGAAUAUUUUUCUGUUGGAAGGAAAGGAAAGAAUUAAUAAUUAAUAACAGAUAUACAAAAUGAAUUUUGUGGAAUGAGAAUGAUAUUAUCGUUGGUGAAAAAUAUUAAUUGUUACCAAUUAUCGGUAUCAAUGUUUAUGUUAAAUAAUGGUUUCAGUUUUCUAAGAUUCUCGUACAAACCCAUCCAUGAAUAUAGGCAAAAGCACCAGAUGGCAAGCCAAAACUAAGCUCGUACGAAAUCAACAAUAUUGCCAACAACAACAGCAGCACCAGCAUAUUCAACAACAGUUAUCCUACAGCCCGAAACCUUUGGUUUUGUAUGAUCAAACGACGAACAAUGCUCCGAUACCUUCACCAACUACUUCCUUUUUAAUUGCUUCCUCGACGUACACGCAUGGCUCUUUCUCUGGCGAUCAGUACAAUAAUUCCGGAAUUACGUUGAUACCACAGCCCUACUUUAAGCCUCCGGAAGUACAAACGUUUUGUCUAAUUCAAGAUCGACAAAAUAUUCAGCAACAGGAACAACCAUCGCACAGCUCCUAUUAUAAUAUCUCAGCUACAAACACUUGCAACUUGCAAGCAAUUAAUGGCAAUUCAGCGUUUCAAUUUCCUAAUCUCAGCCCUUACACAGUUACGGCGAAUUUCACCAACGGCCAAGUCACGGGUCCUGUUCAAACAGUACACUCUAAUCAAAUCUACCCUAAUCAUCCAGCGAGUUUAGUCUACGGUAGCCUACAGGGAGACAAACCUGUAGCCACCGCUGCCACACUUGACAUUGCGCCCCUUAAAGUCGGCAAAAACAAAAUACCUACAGUCAAUACCUCUCGAGUUACCCCGAUAUCUUCUGAAAAUUACGACGAAUGGCCCCUUCAAACGAUUACCUCUCCCUGUAAUGACUUGUUCAACAUAAAACCGAAUACAGAGGAUGAAGCAAACCGAGAAACCAAGACGAAUUCUUCGGAAAAAGCUACAUCGAACGUGUGUACAAAAGCGCAGGAGGAACAUUAUUCUGACGAAUCGUCUACCAGCUUCGAUUUUACGAUCGAGGCUGAAAAGAUGGUUUCAGCGCUUUGCAACAUAUCUUCGAACGAUAUUAAUAAGGAGGAAACGAAAACCGAGAAAUCCAAUUCAACGCCGUUGUUUAGCGGAGCUGGCGAUACCGCGUCAAAUAAGAAUACUUGGUUCGCCGAAUUCUGUGCGGAUUAUGGAAGUGGUACGUCGAUAGCUGUUCAAACGGACGGACCGUGCCUGGAUAGGACACAGUAUCCGGAACUGUUGCGAAAAGUCGUUUACUGGGGAUGCACGGAAGCCGAAAUCGUUUUAAAUGAUAGUUGCAAAACAAACGCCAGGUGCGGUUGGUUGAAAAAUCUGUCUACCGCCACUAAAACAGCAGUUACCAAAUCUUCCACUUGUUUCCCAAUUUUCGCCGGAGAUCGUGUUUUCGUCGGCGAUCUGAUAAACGCUUUGUUGCGCAUUAGCAACGGUUGGCUUGUUCUUGAUAAUUAUUUGAACAAGCAGCACUAUCCAAGCUUGAACGAUAAAUUCGACUGCGAGUUGCUGAGAUGCUUUCGUUUGUGGGAAGAGAGCACACACGAGCUACUGAAUCAAAUCAUCCACGCUUUCUUAAAGCUCGAAGAAAACGGCAAUGCUUCUAAUUUCGAUCAAAGACCAGAAUCAUUUGGAACCUCUUUUCCAGGUGACGUUUCAGUUUACACGAAUCGCGACUUGUUUGACCCAUCUUCAACUAUAAUUACAUCGAAACAGAAGCCCGAUAAUAAAAAGAACAAUCGAGAUUUCAGUAACGGUGCGCAGCUAUCGACCGGCAGCCUACGAAAUUUCAGUCUGUACAAUGCCAGCCAGGAGAAACAGUCGUCCCAAAAAGAAUCAAAAUUACGAAGUAAGUGGACCGUUACUGAGAACCUAACAAUAGACAGCACGAAAUCCGUGCCUGAUAUGUUCUUAGGGCACGCGGAACCUGUAGGUCAACCGAAUAGUAGAUUUCGUUCGAGAGGAAGCUCGUCCUCUGCCAAGACAGACACAUCCACGCAAUCGUUGAACGCAGAGUUUUUCCACCUGAGAAGCAAAAUUCUUACGGAAAGCAAUCAGGACCCUUCUAGACAAUGGUUAUUCAAGGAGAAGAAACAAGAAUUCCCCGAAAAUAAAGUUUUGCCGCAGGAAAAUGCCGACACCGUGUUUAGACUACAGCGACAGUUAGAUGAAAAUUGUGAGAGCAAUUAUGCUCAAAAAUGUUUAUCGAGGGUAGAAUCUUCGUUUCUGAACCCUUCCAUUAGUUUAGAAUCUAUAUACUUUCCACCCACCAACGACCACGAAAAUUUGUAUCCUAGUUAUGCUAUUUGUCCGCCGUAUACGGUAGAUUACGGUAGCAAAAAUUCAAAGAGCUUCGAACAAAAUCACAGGAAUAAAACGAAUAUGGAUUUGGUUUAUGUUGGUAAAUCAUCCACGAGUCAACUGGAGCUAGCGACUGUGCCAAAGGAUAAGAUGACGUUGCUUAGCCAAAUCGAACCGAGUAUCCCGGAGAAAUCAUCGGAAGAGAUGACUGCCAAUUUGUCAGCUUGGUUCGCCAGUAUGAGAAACUCUGAUAACAGACAAAUGCCAUUUAUGAAUCCGGCGGAUGUGAAUACGGAUACUGUUGUGCCACGUGGGUCGACGCGCGCAGAAAUGUCAAAGAAUACAAUGGAUCUCGGUAGCUGCAUUAGACAGUUGCAUAUCGACGCAAAUCGUCAGUUCCAGACGCUGCAAAAUAUACAGAGUGUUCAGACUACACCCUGGAACGCUUAUAAUUUGAUCAAUAAUCGCGUUCAAGUGCAACAGGUACCCGAAGAAUAUGACAGUUCCGAAGAUGUUCGAGUAUACAUGAAACCAGGAAGUUACAACGUGCCAAAAAAAAGACAUCAAAGAAGAUCAAAUCGUCGUUUAGAGAGCUCCGCAUCUCGAAACGCUGCCAAUGGGUCCUCGAACAAUCACCGCAAUCAUUACGUUAACAACAAAGAGAAAACGUUUUGCGCUCCGGCGUCGUCCACUCCUGUGUCUCGACCUACCGCAACACCUAUAUCUAGCGAUGUUAAUACUUGCGUAAAUACAAUGAAAGUGCCUUUCCCGGCGACUCCGAUCGUACCACCUCCUACCUUCUCCCUUGAAAAUUCACCUAGGAUUUUAAAACGAUCCGAUACAUCCAAUUAUACCGUGUCGGAAGAUGUUACUUGGAAAGCAGCUUGCGCUUCCGCUGAGAUUCUGUUAGAGGCGUUGAACGUAAAAGAGGAUACGGACUUUAAGAAAACAGAGAUCGAUCGAAUCGACGUUAGCGAAAAGUUUGAGAGUGUGAAAGAGAACGAGAACGACGAUACAACGUCCCAAGCGGCGCAGGAUCGUGAAAAAUUAGACGAAAGCCUUUCGAAAAAUUUGAAGGACAGUAACGAUGGUUGCGGAGGCGUUUCGAGCUACGAAGCGUCCGAAGAUGACUCGGGCUCCACGAAUCAUUUUUCUCUCAACACAAGUAUCAACGAAGCUCUACAGUUGUCUGGUAAUAAAAAUGUGACCAACAGUACCGUAACAACAGUCGCAACAACUACGACGGUGAAGAAUCUUCAACAGACUAUUUGCUCAAGGAAAAGUUCGUGCAUUUCCUUAAACAAUGGCCAAACAACGUUAGGAGAGGCCGAGCGUGUCAUAGGGAAGGCAACUUAUUCAGAGACUCUUCGACGUUGCGCAUCCUUAAGUACAUCCUUCUCGGAGAAGAAAGAAUUCUGCAAGAAGAGCAAAUUAAACAUCGCCAACGUAUCGACGAUUUGUAGCACUGUAAUACCGAUCCCUGGGCGCAAAUGUCAAAGAAAAGAUUUCGAAAAAUCAUAUUAUCUCUUGCAUAAUAGAUCUCGUAAAUGUUCCGGGAAGAAAGCUACGAAAAAUUUCGAGGUCAAUGAUACUCAAGUAGAGGGAACAUCGAAAUCUACAAUCGCAACAAAACACGGGAAGAAACGAGAGAAUUCUGGAUGCAUCGAAUUUUUAGACGGGAAAUUUGGUGGGAAAGCCAGUGACAGAGGUUGGUCCGUAUGGUAUAGCUCGAAAAGAAAACAGAGUCUCAGUCCGCUUGCGCUUAGCAAAUUAGAAAUGAUACAUCAAACAGUUUGGCAAAUGGAAGAAGCAGAAAUUUUCAAGUGUCCAUCCUCAGGAAGCAAUAAUGGAAAACAAUCUUCUUCUCACACGAUCGAAGACUAUUGUAAAGUUAUUAAAAGUCCAAUGUUCCUGGAAACGGUUGAAUACAAACUAAAGAAUCGAGUUUACCAUAAAGUAGAACACGUGGUUAGAGACUUUCGUCGUAUCGUUUAUAAUUCAAAAUUAUAUCACAAGGAUAAUCAUGAUCGAGUAAAGACAAUUGAAAUACUGUCGAAGAAACUCGAAGAACUAUUCGAGGAACAUUUUGCGAGUUGGGACUUCGAUAAUAUUAGCGGUAGUCCAAGAGAAAGUUCGCCGGUGCUGCAUCGAUUUAAGACGGCUGGUCAAAAACCGGUAACUGGGCGUUACGGCAACACGAAGAAAUGUCCGUCUUCUUCCAUUACCGAUAACAUAUAAUAUUGCUCAUUAGAGUAUAUGCUUUCUGCGACAUCAAACUGCGCUUGGAGAAUUAUCGUGUCUAUCAUUCAUGGUGACAUUUUGUUGUGCAUCUAUAAUUUAUAUUGCUAUUAGAUUAACAGAUAACUGAUUGUAUCGAGUUUAUGUAAAAUUGUUACAUUCGAAAUUAAGUAUAUCUGUAAGGAUCGGUCAUAAUAAUACGCUCUAGUCACGCAUCAGUUCGUAUUGUUGUCGCAUCGUAAGCGUUCUACGGUUUUCCUUUCGUAAUGCAGCUUGCUACGUUAAAACAUUUUUCGUCUAUUUCCAAACAAGUGAAAGUUUAAACGCUUAGUUUUCUGGUACAUACCUUCGUAUAAGAUAAUGCAUCUUAAAUGCGAAACAAGACGAUAGUUACUUGCUCUUUUUAUAUCAUUGAUAUUAUACAUAUAUAUAUGAAAAAAGAUAGUAAUACGAAUUACUUAAUGACGUUGCAAUGAUCAUAGCCCACAACUUGAGAAUACUCAAUUAUCACUAAAAGAAAAAUAAUUUGAACAUUUUGUCCUUCAUCCAGAUUGAAGCAUAAAGCAUUAAACGAAAAUAGCGAAAACGAUUGAAAUAUUAUAAGAAUAAAAUAAUUUUCC